GGAGGGUAAAGAGAUGAUCUGGCCUGUAUCUCUGCAGAGUUAAUUUCUACCUCCCCCCGCCCCCCCGCACUUCUCUGUGAUUGCAAGCCAUUUAUCCCUUCCUGUCAUCAGAGUGUCACAAGGCAGCUAACAUCUCCAGGCUGCUGCUGGCUAUGGACAUAAGCCAGCCACCUCCUUUCCCCUGGCAAUGGCAUAGGCAGGAAGGGGUUAAGCCGUAAGGAUGCACUGUGCACCAGGGCCCAAGGAAGCUGACUGCAAGGCUUCCGGGAACCCAGUCAGAGAGGAGAGGUGGCUCAGCAGAGGAGGGUGCCUAGGGAAUGUAGGGGAUGGAGUAGCAAGCUCCCUGGGGCUCCUGCUGGUAGGAGGAGAGCUGCUAUGGAGCCCUCAAGUUUGAGGUAUGAACAGGCUGGAAGUCACAUCUCCCUUCAUUACAUCACUCCAGAGAUUAGCUGAGAGGUUUCCCAAGCCAGCACUGUGUUGGGCUUUGGCACAUGGAGGCUUAGUUCUUCCUGUCCAACUCCUGGGGCUGGAGGAUCUUGGUCUUUCCCAGAGCACCUGUUCAGCCAGCAGCAUUGGGGGAAGGAAGGAGUCUGCCAACCAGGUUGUUAGUGAGUUGAGCACUCCAAUCAGGGACUAGUUCUCUGCACAAAGCUGAGAGUGAGAUGCAUCCCACUGGGAUAGGGAUAUGGAGAAGCAGCUGGGCUGGUGUAUGUGUGAAGGGGCAAAGCAAGGAGAUGUCAGUGAGAAGUUAAAAACAUAAAGGGCAAAUGAGUAGGCACAAGAGGCAACAUGUAACUGACCACUCUCCAACCAUCACAGCUCACAGCCAGUGUCAGCUGGAAACAGGAUAGAGGCUGACAGCACGCACACAGUGGGGGCUUCUCUGAUGGACCAGUACAGGAAACGUGACUAUGAAGGGUUUCUGUGUUCUCUAUUGUUGCCUGCAGAAUCCCGCACCUCUGCUUUUGCUCUGAGAGCCUUCAAUGUGGAACUGGCCCAGAUUAAAGACUCCAUAACACAGAAGACCAUAGGUUUGAUGCGAAUGCAGUUUUGGAGGAAAGCUGUGGAAGAUAUGUACUGUGAUAACCCACCACAUCAGCCAGUUGCUAUAGAAUUGUGGAAGGGCUGUAUUCCUUGGAAAUGCUCCGGCCAAAGGAGAGGCACAUUGUGCUGCCACUCCCACAAGAACAUGUUUAGACAUACCCCAAGCUGUGUUUCCUACCUGGGGUUGUACAGCCCUGUUGGCAGUAGUAGUGAGGGAAGUAUAGCUGCAUGGCUGGGAGGAGCUUCCGGCACAGAGUGCUGGCUCCUAUGUGCAACGGCACCAUGCUCCUCUUCCGGCUGCAGUCUCCUGGGAUUAGAGCCUUGUGGAUCAGCAGAUACUGAUUUCUCUCCAUGGAUAUUCACAUCAGCAAGUAGACAUAAGAAAGGGAAGAGCUGAGCCAGAGUCUGCAUUGGCUGGGAAAUGAACCCAGACUGACUGACUGCUUGGAAGGCAGCUAUGCUAACCCCCCCCCCACCACCACCGUGCCCCCGAGACAUUUGAAUCUAUGCGCUGCGUAUAUGAAAUUACAGUGUAUCUGUGGGCUGCGUUUUAAAAAACUCCCAUCGUGGACAUGAAUUGAAUCAAUAAGAGCCUAGUUCUAAACUCACUUUGGUGGGAGUUUGAGUGUUCAGAGCUUCAGCCAGGGCUUGUAUGUCUGAAGUUAUGCACCCAAAAUCAGAAGUUAUUUGACAUUUUGGGCCUGAGUAUCUGUAAUUUAAUAAAAUUUCACUUGCUGCUUCUUGGGUGACCAGAUGUUUCCUUUUAAAAGGAUAGUCCCAUAUGUAAGCCCUCCUGAGGGUGUCCUAAAUUUUUCUUAAAUGGGUAAAUUAUUCUGUGUUUUCUGUCUGUCCUCUCUGCACCCACCACAUCACUCUGGAUAGGUCCUGCUGCUGGUCAGAUCUCUGCUUGCUACCCACCCACCAGUGGUAGUGGUGGGGCAGUGGUCAAUGAUGGGGGUGGGUGUGCAGGGCUGGUGGUGGGAUAAAGAUGAAGUGCAUGGGGCUGGCAGCUCCCUGUGCUGGUCCAUCGGAGAAGCCCCUGUGUGAGAUGGCUCUCCGUCAGUAGGGUCCUGUUCCCCAUCCUGUUUCCAACUGGCACUGGCUGUGAGUGAGCUGGCUGGUGAUUGCGGGGAAGUGCUAGGCAGCAGCUGGUUACAGGUUGCCUCUGGUGCACACCCAUCAGCCCUUAAUGUGCGUCCCUUCUUGCUGUCCUUUCCCUGCUUUACUCCUUUGAUUCCCCAGUCCAGCUGCUCCUUUGUAUCCCUCCCGGCAGGCCUCAUCCUGCUCCCAGCACUGUGCAGAGGACCAGCUCCUGGUUGGAAUGCUCAGCUCCCCAACAGGCUGGCUAGCAGACUCCUUCCUUUCCCCACUGCUUCUGCCUGGGCCAGUGCUCGGGGAAAGCCCAAGAUUCUCUAGCCACAGGUGCCGGACAAGAAGAACCAAAGCCCCACACAGUGCUGGCACAAGGAAACCUCUCCACCUCUCAGCAAAGCUCUGGAGUGGCAGAGGGAGUGAGUUCCAGACCUGUUCACAGCCCAAACCUGCAAGCUCGGUAACAGCAUCCCCCUGCUCUGGCAAGGGGCUUAGCACACUAUUUGCCCACUAGGUCCUCCUACAGAGAGCAUAGGGCUGUUCCAUCUAACAAGCACCCUCCUCUGCAGAGCUGCGUCUCUGGCCAGUUUUGCUGAAGCCCUGCAAUCAGCUUCCUUGCACUUAACCCCUUCCUGCCAUGCUGUAGCCAGGGGCAUGAGGCAAUUGGGUUGUCUGUUCAGCAGCAGCCUGGAGGUGUUAGCCACCUUUUGACAGUCUGUUGGCAGGAAGGAACAAGCUACUUCCAGCCACUGGAGGGCAUGGGGUGUGGGUGGGCGGGCAUCUAGGGUCUAAACUAAAGUUCACUGAAAUCAGAAAGAUGUACCUUUGCAACAUUUAAAAAAAAAUCUGCAAAACAGUUAUUUAGGGUUUAAAAAUGGAUGCAAAGAAACAGAUAAUGAUCUACAGAAAGCCUUGAUUCUGUCAUAAACAGCUGAUCAUGUCAGACUCAUUGUACAUAACAGUACAACCUGGCUGAAAAACUGAAGGUGAUUUUGAGAUCAUUAUUGUAAAUAAUAAGACUGGGAAAACCAGAAUAGAGUGAAGCUGCUAUGGAAGGAUGGCAAGAAUUUGGCAGAGAUGAGAUGCUGAUAAGAUGGUAGAAGAUUAUUAGUUUUCAACAGCACACUGAAUAAUUAUAAUUUUAUAUAUAAUACUCAUCUAUAUUGGCAUAUUAUGUAUAAACAGUAUCUGAUGACAUAUCAUAUACACUCAUGCUAAUUAUUAUUCUCCUUAUAAGCCAUUAGGGAAAUCUUUUACUCUCUUCAUUGCUUAUCUUAGUAGGAAAUAAAAUGUUCUUUUGGAAAGUGAACAAUGUGAUCUGCAAAUAUUUUGUGGGAAAUUGUAAUAGAAUGACUUAGUAACAAAAUAAAUGUAUAGACUUAAAAAUAUUUCCUUUAAAAUGUAAUUUUAAAUUUAAAAAAAUUCCCCUUCUCUACCUGUAGGCUUGAGGUUCAUGAUUCUGUUUCUUCUGCAGCAGCAGUAAAGACAUCAGUUGAAAAGUUUUGUACUUAAUUUGUAUUGCAUACAUUUUAUUCUUCCUGAUACUGAUCAAGUCAAAUCUUACUUUUAGUAACAAAAAUAUCAUUUUUAAAAAGACAGUAUUUAUCAUACUUUGCUUUCAAUAAUUUUCCUUUUUUUUUCUAAACUGUAACAGAUUUUCUUUGUUA